GAUGCACGGUCUGUCCGCCAGGCGCCGCGUUUGACAUUUCGUUUGUUUACGCCCGCGUGUGUUCAUCAAGUUGUGUUAGUUACUGUGCAGUGUUGGUUGUUCAUGGCGUGCAAUUUUACCUGACAAUGCGGCUGUUGGUCGGAUAUUGGACUUUUCUAGUGAUUUAUGUUGUUUUUACAAGUGCCUUCAUCGUGCCGAAUUUCGAGAGCCAGUGUGAAACGAGAUGCCCCCUUCAGAACCAGACAGAUGACGGGCACGGUGACGUAGGUUGUGGACCUGACUGCAAAAUCCAACAGUGCUCAAGAGGAUGUGAGCUGUGGCAGAAGGCCCUGGAAAGUAGCUGUCAGGUGGUUUGUAAUGGAACCCAGGAGCUGGUUCCACUCAAGGAACUCUACUGUGUAAUGGGAUGCAAUGAUGCUGUGAAUAGAUAUUUUCAUGAGCUCAAAGAGAGGAUAGGCACACUGCCUCCGCCGGCACUCGUGGCAGAUUCCCUUACAGCCACCUCUCUCAGCCUAGAGUGGGAUGGUCCGAGACUUCCUAACAUCAGCUACCUGGUCCAGUGGAGGUACGAGGAGAUAGCAGACACAUGGCAGUACUGCCGCAACCAGAGCUGGGGGCCUCACGCUACUGUCCGAGUAGACAAUCUGCAGCCCUACACCAAGUAUAGGUUCCGCAUCGCCUUGCUGCUGUCGCCCCACCACACGGAGCCUAUAGUUUCAGAGCCGUCUCUAGUGAUCAGCACAUUGCCCGGGGGCGCCCCUGCCUCUCCCCCCGCCAUAGUACGCACCACCGCUGCCGACCCAUCCCGUGUCUCCGUGUCUUGGGAGCCCGGUCCCUUCCCCAACGGUCCCAUCCUCUCCUUUGUGCUGCAGAUCAAUGAGUUACCGCAGGGCUACACGGCCCUCAAGGACAUACCAGCUUCGGAGAACAAGGAUUUCUACAUGUUCCAAAACCUGAUGCCGUCGAGAAAUUAUUCUGUUUCCGUCUCGAUGAGAAAUGCAGCUGGCCUGGGUCCUGUAGCCACUGCCUUUGUGACAACCCCGGCUUUUGCUGAAGUCAAAGAGACUCAACAGCUGAUUCUGAUAAUGGGAGCCAGGAACACGGUCAUCAGCCAAGCUGCAGAUCUGUUAGACGAUCCUGUAGUCAUGUACAAGACAACUCAUCAUAUCAAAGGUGUGGCGGUGCAUGUGCGGAAGGAGUUGCUGUUUGUGUCAGACUCGUCCAGUACCGUGUGGGUGUCGUCAUCUCGCUCGUACACAACACCGGAGCCCCUUCUGCGUGGGGGCUCGGGGGGCCUCAUUCCUCACCACCUGAGUGUAGACUGGCUAAACGAUCAGCUGUAUAUCCUGGCACAGUCAAAGGGCAGCGCACUCUGGCAGGUGGUUCGGUGUAACCUAGAUGGCUCUGGGUUGACAGUUGCAGUCGCUGGAUUCGUCACUAAACCUCACCAUAUGGAAGUCGACCCUUAUAAUGGCUACCUGUUCUGGGUGGUACAAGGCCCGGUGGGAGGAGGUCUCUACCGACUGGACCUGGCAGACAUCAGCAACGGAGUGAAACACGAGGUCAUCCCAGACCAGAUAUUGGCCAGUCCUCACCUCGGGGCCUUCACUGUCGACCACACCAGCUUCCGCAUCCUGGUACCCAACCAGGCGGAGAACACGGUCGUAGCUGUGUCACUGGACGGCCAUGAAGUGACGGAUAUUCGCAGUAACACACAACAGCCGCAGUUUCACAACGUCAUUUCCCUUGCGAUGGCUAACGGCCUCUUCUACUGGACCAAUGGGGAGAGAGUCCUGACAGAGGAGUAUCACGCUGGACAGGACAGUUAUUUCCACAACCUAGUAUACACUGAUGAGGCUAAACCAGCGUUUGUGAGCAUCACUGUGAACUUGCCUUCGUCCCAGCCUAUACCUGUGCCUGUGAACCCUCCAACUGGAGUACAGGCUGUGCUAGGAUCUCACACGGCCAAGGUGUCUUGGACUGUACCUCACCUGCUGGGCGGACAGGGUAAAGGCGCUUGGCAAAACUGGUCUUACCAACUGAGCAUCCGUAACACAGCAGAAGAGCUAGUCAAUGCAGAGGAGCUAGAUUGGAGAGAAAUCAACUCAACCUAUUACACUGUGCACGACCUCAAACCAAAGGCAGAAUAUGUAGUGAAGGCUGCGGCAUAUACGAGUGCAGGCAUUGGACCUUGGAGCUCCGAGUUUCGAGGGAAGACUCUGCGUCAGACAAGUGAGGCGAACGCCCCGAGUAUCUUGUGGUCGGCCGCUGAGGGCCUGCUGAGAUCUGACGUGACAGGGGAGCGAGUGGAGACUCUGAUACAUCGGGACACGCUCAAGGACAGAAACGGAUACCAUCACAUCACGGACAUAGCGUGGUAUCGUGACCAGCUGUACUUGGUCAGCAACACAAGUCACGUUCACUGGUACAACGUGACCAGUCAUAAACGUGGCCGACUACGUGACCUGGAGUCUGUGGGCAGUAUAGCCGUGGACUGGGUGGGCAGAAAACUCUACUGGUCGAAUCCCAAACAACAGCUGAUUAUCCGUGGCAACCUGAACGGCAGCCAGCAGGAGCCGUUACCCAUCCUCACAGUUGCCAAGGAGUUAAACGUAGACGCUGUAGAAGGUUUUAUCUACUGGUCCACAGGUCACGCGGUGGAAAGUGCGAGGCUCAACGGCAAACACAAGAAAACAUACUAUCCUGCCGAACUGUUUUCUGGCAAACAAGUUAUGGGUCUUACGAUUGACAUGGAUACUCGGUCGGUUUUUUGGAUCGUGAGAAGUUACGAAGGAUCCUCACUUUUUCGAGCUGCUACAGCAGACAGACUGAAACAUGGAGAAGAAAUCGAGCCUCAGAAAGUGUCCAGUUUACAGUACCCCAACAUGCAAGGACCUCUAUGUUACUUCGACAAUCAUCUAGUGUGGUUGAGAGAUGAUCGCUACGCAGUCAUAGGAGACAUGCAGGGACAGAACUCUGCAGUCCUCAGUGGCCUUAGUCUCUCUGAGCUGAACAUGGUGACUAUCAUGGAUCACGCUCUGCACUACGCCCCAAGAGGAAGAAAAUUGUCAGAAGUGAGCGUCAUUCCACAGCCGAUAUCUCAACAGUCAUUGAGAGUUGAAGGAGGUUUUGAAGAGUUUACAAUACUGUGGGAUCCGGUCACCAACGUCAACUAUGGUCAAGUCUUUUAUGAAAUCAAAAUCAGAAACCUGAACAAGAAAGACAUAACAAGAGAGACGACAGAGCCUUUCUGGGUUUACGAGAGUCCGAGUGAGUUGGUGCCAUACUCUCCACUGUUUGUGAGUGUGCGAGCACUGACCUACUGGGGAGCCUCAUCGUCUGCUAGGGCGCUUCUCCACUCUCCUCCUUCUAUACCCUCCCCUCCCACCAACCCCCGAGUCUUUGUGUCCUACAACAGGAACCCAGUCAAGGAGAACAGAGAGAUCAUCGCCGUGUUCCGAUGGGACUCGCCGGUGUCGCCCAACGGUGUUGUGGUCAAGUACCAGGUCAAGUGUUGGUUGGAUGGUUCAGACUUCCAGGUGUGUGACAACACAGAACUGCCUGCCUCAACCCUGGAAUAUGUAGUUCCAAACCUGCCUCAAAAUACCACCAUUUACUUUAAGGCAGCUGCUUGCACAGAGGUAGGCUGCGGGUCGUUCACACCACCAGUUUUUGGAGACUCUGGUAUUGAGACACCAGUGCCUCGGCUGCUGCUCUCUACUGGCGACGCCGUGCAGAUCACAGACUGUGACAAACGUGAGAACCAGACGUUGUCUCGCAGCGGUGCUGUCGUGGACCUAGCGUACUCUAGCCAUGAUGACCGAGUGUACUGGAUAGACGACAACAACCAUCUAGUCACAUCUCGGCUGUAUACUCCGGAGAAGACAAAGUUGCUGAGCCUCAACAACACAGGACUGAGUCUAGCUGUAGACUGGGUGGGAAGAUUCCUGUACUGGGCCGAGCGUAGUUACAACAGUAGAGCGUCUGUCAUACACUCGCUCGACCUCAACACUGAGCGGCCGACACAGCGUGUUGUACUCUCCCGUCCUGCUCCCGUCGUCAAACUCCAGGUCCAUCCUCUCACCAGUAUGCUGUACUGGGUGGAGGAAAGACUACAUGGUAUAGGAAGUCUAAUGAGAAGUAGGACAGAUGGUUCUGAAAUACGUCCUUUCUUCCCAACUAGCCUAACAGUUUCCAGAUGGACCCGUAAUGCAUGUAACUGUCCUGACGCUCCUGACGUGGGCGCUGCCAUUGCCAUCGACCAAUCAGAACCUGACUCUCCACAGCUGCUGUUUGUUGACGCGUGGACCAAUCACAUUGUAGCAUCAGAUAUGGACGGCUGUUCUUGUAACAUGCUUGUCAACACUUCCUUCGUAUCUGCAGCUGGCCUACCUCCCACCUCAAUGACAGUAGAUCAUCGUCUGGUGUAUUGGUCCAACGCCUCUGAAGGGAGGAUCUACUCUGUAGUCAAGGCUUCUGACAACUCGAUGAUGGCCAGUCUGGUCGGAGGAGUGUCAUCCAUCAACGCUACAGGAGUACGCAACAUAGCAGCCGUCGGUUCCCACCUACAGCCUUACCCAGUUGUCCAUUGUCUCACGCCCAAGCAGACGACUGCCGUACCUCAACUGGUGAACCGCACAGAUCAGACUAUCACUCUGGAACUGCCUCUGCCCGAGCGAGAGAGAGAUUGUGGAAACGUCUCUCUCGCAACGGUCCUUUUCACCGUCUUCUACGGCCCCAGUGAUGCAUCUCCUUCAUGCUUAGAGGACAUAAAGAUGUGCGGGAAAGUGGAAAGUUUCGAUCGUAUAGUCACUAUUGAAGGACUCCAAGAGCUAACGGAGUACACAUUCUUCUUGACGUUCAGCAAUCACUACAGCGAGCUCCAGGGAAGUGAGGACACAUUGAGUGAACCAGUGUCAUUCAGAACACUUUCUGCUGAAAUAUCGCCACCACAGAACGUUUCUGUGAUACCGUUGAGCCCCACCGCCUUGAGGAUCUUGUGGAACCCCUCGACAGUGGAGUUUGUCAGCUACCAGGUGUUUUGGCGUAGGAGGGUGGAGGGAGAAGUCGAAGGGAUGUACCACCAGAACGGGGAGUUGCGCAGUGAAAGUUUAAAUGACAACUUGACCAUCAAAUGGGCAGACAUCUUUGAUCUAAGCCCCGGACAAGAAUAUGUUCUAGGGGUGCGAGCCAAGACAGAAGACCACAGACAGUACUCAAACACUGUUGAAAUGAUCGCAUCGACCUUCCCCGACCCGGAGGACAUCGUCUUGGAAGCUGCAACAGCCACAUCACUCAACGUGUCCUGGCCCAAGUAUAUCAACUACUCGUAUGUCUCGAGUGAACUGGAAAGCUGCUAUCUAAGAAGCCAAAUUUGGGUUCCCGUACCUCUGCACAGCUCUUCCUCAACGGCAGAGUUUUACAUUUUAGAAAAUUUGACUCCGAAAACACUGUAUUCAUUCCAUCUCAAAAUUACAUACACGAAUGUGAGCACUCCCUACAUCUGGCCGUCUGACUACCGUUUUACAUUUGAAACUUUGGGUGACCGCCCCAGCAGACCUGGGUCACCAAUACUGCAUCAGCUGAGAGGCAAUGUUAACCAGGUGGUCUGGGAUGAACCGCUGACUGACAACGGCGCAAAGGUCGACAUGUACUGGCUGGAGGGGCGAACGGACGAAGGCGUGAGGGAAAAACGAGAGGCAAACUUCUCAUCAGGCGAGCGGCACAGCCCUAACGAGGACUGGGUCUUGUACUACAAUGGAUCCAAACCGUACUGGAUCAUGGCAGAGCUGAGUUCCUUCAUGAAGUACCAGUUCCGAGUGAAGGCCAGGAACACGUAUGGCUGGAGUGAGUUGAGUGAGCCGAGCGAGUGGUUCUCUCUCAACCGAGCGGCCAUGUUGCCUUCGCAGGAACUUGGAGUCAUUGUGUGGGUCCUGACACCUCUGGCAGUCCUUGGGCUCAUCCUCACACUCAUGUGCCUGAUGUGCACUGUCUUCACAAAGAGAGAGAAAGAGAAGAAGACUCAACAACUGUUGAACAUGAAUUCCAACAUACACAUGCCGGGAAACACAGAUGUCGAGUUAGCCAACCUGAGGGAACUGCCGAGACGACCAAACUUUGUGCAGAACAUAAACGCCUUGUACACUGCGGCAGACUUCAUCCCGACUGAUAGUGAGAUAGCGUUGUUGCCUCACAUCCGGAGAGAGCACAUCACACCAACAAAGUUCCUUGGUAGUGGAGCGUUUGGAGAAGUGUUUGAAGGAAAAGCAAAGAAUCUACCAGGAACGGACGGAAGGGAAACUAGAGUAGCAGUAAAGACACUCCGUAAAGGAGCGUCACAACAGGAGCAGUUGGAGUUCCUCAGGGAAGCUCAGCUGAUGAGCAACUUUAAACAUGAGAACAUUCUGCAGCUGCUGGGAGUGUGUUUGGACAUUGACACCUUCUUCAUCAUCAUGGAACUGAUGGAAGGAGGAGACUUACUGGUCUACUUGCGGUCCCAUCGCCCACUUAUUACAACAGAGUCCAGCCUAACGCUGCCUGAUUUACUGUCCAUGUGUGUGGACGUGGCCCGUGGCUGUAGGUACCUGGAGGAGAUGCAUUUUGUUCACAGAGACUUGGCGUGUCGCAACUGCCUCGUCUCCUCCACUGACCCGCAUACACGUGUCGUCAAGAUCGGCGACUUUGGCCUGGCGAGGGACAUUUACAAACACGACUACUACAGGAAAGAGGGAGAGGGUCUUCUUCCAGUCAGGUGGAUGGCACCAGAGUCGCUGGUAGACGGAGUGUUUACGUCACAGUCAGACGUGUGGGCAUUUGGAGUGCUCCUGUGGGAGAUCAUGUCUCUCGGACAGCAGCCGUACCCGGCCCGCAACAACCUAGAGGUGUUACACUACGUGCGCAACGGAGGACGUCUCGGGUGUCCACCCAACUGCUGCCAGGAGAUGUAUGAUCUUAUGCUACGUUGUUGGAGUUUUAAUCCAGAAGAGAGACCGAUGUUCAUCUACUGCCUGGAUGUUCUGAUGGAGCUCAAGAGGAAAUCGGCAAACGGGCAAGCAUUGGGCAUCCCAGAAGUGCAAGAGACUGUACAUAAAAAAGACGAAUGGAGGAACGAGGGAGAACAAUUGCAAACAGAUGCUGGUGGCACCCGUAAAUAUCUAGAGUUGAUUUAUGACGAAGGUUACGAAAUCCCGAGGCCGUUGCAGCAGAGUGCAUUAAACGAUGUCGCAGAAAAAACGAGCCUGACAGUCAGUGAAGACGAGGUUUCUAGUUUGGACAAGUUGCUGCCUGUGACCAAAGCUAGUCCUUACACCAAUGUUGUUAAACAGCUGUCAAUCGCUGAGAGUUUAAGUGAAAACACGAUAAGCAAUGAAGACAUUCACAGGUAGUGCAAAGUGAACGUUGACGAUUUUAGUGCAAUUCUAGACGCUCUGUAAAUAUGAUAAAUAUUGUGAAUAUCGUUAUGUAAAAUUCCUGGGAGGAUUGAAUGGCGUACACGUGAGUGAUGUUCUUAUAAUUACCAUACCAGAUUGGCUGUCUUUGAAAACAAUGGGUCCAUUAUUAGACAGUCACUUUACAACACAGCUUCAGCUGAAUACAAUAUAAAAAGAAUUUGGUUAUGUUUAAAAACUUGUAACUUUUCCUAUUGGUUUAUUUAUUUUUCUCUGUUCAAGAAAGUAGGUAGAUGCAAAACAAUCUAUGUUAAAGUAUACAGAACCUGUAAUUUACUUUCAAUCAAAAUCAUAGCUUUAGAAUUACCAAAUUAUUGUAAAACCUAGUGAUGCUUAAAUAUUUUAACUUUCUGUGAUAGUACAACUCAUUGGUGUGCUCAGUAGACAAAUAUGAACUGAAUUUUGUAUGUUUUAUAUGAUGAUUGCAUUUAUAAAACUGAUGUAGAUAAUUUCUUAUUUAUUACUUGUUAAAUUAGUUGUAAGUUAAUGAGAAUGUUAUUCUUAUGUUAUUAUCAGUAUUUCUCUCAAGUUUGAUGUGAUUUACUUUUGGAUUCGAUGAAUCAAUUUGUUGAUUAUCAUUGACAAUCUUUUUGUGAUUGACGAACAAAAUUUGUCAUUCACACCACUUAGAGGUUUAAUAUCCUAUUUGUUAGUGUUGUUUUUGUCUACCUAGAGUAUAAUGUAGAUAUGUCUGAUUAGUUAUAUUUAUAACAAAAUAUGUAUACUAUUUUCACUUUAUGUAGUUUAUUGUAAUAAUUUAAAUUUGAAGCAUAUGAUAGAUAACAAAUCACAAUCAAAGAUUUACAAGUUAAUGUUAUUAUUAUUUGUUUGUAUUUACUUUGAAAUUUAUUUGUAUAAAAUACAUCACGUCAUGUUUAUGGCAUAUCUCGAUAAGAGUGAGAAAGAGUACAAAUUAUUUCCGAGCCAAAAACAAUAUAUAACAAGGUAAAGUCAAUCUAAGGAUGUUACUUACUUCUAAAAGUUAGUUGUCUUCGGUGCCUUAAUGUGUUAUAAUGUGCUCAAAUUCGUGAAAUAUAUAAUUUUGUUAGAAUUAUAACAGUUAA